GCAGAGGCCGGGGCCGACGCGGCCAAGGAGGCCGAGAAGGAGUGGGACGGGACGCCCCCGGCCGAGUGGCCGGAGGACGGCAUCUUCACCAUGGAGAGCCUGGCGAAGUUCGACGGCAGGAGUCAGCCGCUCUGCCUGGCGAUCUGCGGCAAGGUGGUGGACUGUACCAAAAGUGACAACAUCAAGCCUGGGUGGGGCUACGGCAAGCUGUGGGCUGGCAGGGACGGAACAAGGGCGUUUGCAUUAUGCUCCUUGAAGCCCGAGAUGGCAAACGAUAUGGACUGGAAGCUAGAGGACUUCUCCGAAUCAGAGUUCAAGGCGCUGGCUGGCUGGUACAAGCACUUCACAACGAAGUACCCCGUCAAGGGCACGCUCAAGGAAUACGACAGCUGGGACUUCUCGUCCGUGGUGGAGGCCUCGGUGCACGAGACACCCUUCGCCAGCCAGAACUCGGAGACCAUCCCGAGCAGCGGCCCUGCCCCGGCGGAAAGCGCUGCCCCUGCGCCUGCCCCCGCCCCUGCCCUGCCAGAAGGCAGCACCAUGCUGCGGGCUGGCGACCGCGUGGAGUUCCAGGGCCUGUCAGCCCGGGCGGACCUCAACGGCAAGGUCGGGACGCUGCAGACGUACGUGUCGGAAAAGCAGCGGUUCGCCGUGGUUCCCGAGGAGGGCGACGAGGGACCCAUUUUGGUGAAGGUGAAGAACAUCAGAAAAGUUUGAUGGUCGAGAGCCGCAGGAGCGCGGGCGAGGCUGUCGAGGGAUACUCAUCGUGCGCUCCGAGACUUGUCCUGCUGCCGCUGCGGUUUCUGCUCCGCGCCCCCUCCCCUCGCCAGCCUUCUCCUCCUCCUCCGCCUCCCCGUCUGUCCUUUCUCUCUUUUUCUUCGCCCGACUUCACCCUCCUGCUCUGCUGCGAGAUCAGUGGGCUGCCGUGCGAGCCCGCGCCGUCUUUCGCCUCCGCCCUUCUCGGCGAGCACCCGCGCCCCUCCCGGCGGGUGCGCCCGCUGCGGAGGACUGUUCUCCACCGCCAGCUCCUCUGUCUCCCGCCCCCACUCAUCCCCUCCUCGAAAUCUAG